AUGAGCAAGAGGAAGCAGGAGACCGGUGAAGAUGUCGUCAAGGACGACGUGGACAUGGACAACGAUAGCGGAGACGACGAGGAUUUCGAUGUUCUCGAUGUCGACUUCGAGUGGUUCGACCCUCAGCCUGAAUAUGAUUUCCACGGCAUCAAGACAUUACUUCAGCAGCUGUUCGAUGUGGACGCUCAGCUAUUCGAUUUGUCUGCAUUGACCGACCUGAUAUUGUCGCAACCCACCCUGGGUUCAACGGUCAAAGUAGAUGGUAACGAGACGGACGCAUACGCCUUUCUAUCCAUUUUGAAUCUUCAAGAACACAGGGACAAGCCGUUCAUGAGCAAGAUCGUGCAAUAUUUACUCUCUAAAGCAAAGUCAAGACCCAUGCUCGCUCCCCUGGCUGAGCUCCUUUCCCAGACCACGAUUCCACAGAUAGGCCUGAUCCUUACCGAGCGUCUGAUCAAUGUUCCGGCUGAAGUUGUCCCUCCAAUGUACACAAUGCUGAUAGAAGAGAUGGAAUGGGCUAUCCAAGACGGCGAACCCUACAACUUCACCCACUAUCUCAUCCUCUCCAAGACAUACACCGAAGUUGCGUCGAAACUUGACGCCGAGAACGAUCCUCCGAAAAAGAAGAAGAAAGCAACAUCCGGCUCAUUCGAGACAAUGACGAGGGGCACUCGGACUCGAAACGAGCAUUCCAAGAGCUGGGAAUUAAACCGCAGGGCCAUGCCAUCCUCAUUGCUGGGGACAAGUUUAAAGAUGCCGUCCAGAAUGUGGCCGAAUAUCUGA